AUGAUGUACGGGUCGGAGUCUUGGACAGCACCGUCUAUGGUGAUGGAGAGGCUUGAUUGCACCGAAAGAAAGCUGUUUAGACGGCUGCUUGCCUACUUUUGGCCUAGGGUAUGCCACAAUGAAGAAACCUACGCGAAAGUCGAUGUGGUGUACCGUCGGAUGACACGUGGAAGACAUCAGCACCUUGCACCGCCAUCGAAAGUGGCUAAAGUAAAUCGUCUUCGCUUCUUUGGUCAUAUAAUAAGGAGACCAGCAGAUCGCCUUGUACAACGAGUUCUGAGGGGUUUGUCGGAUUCGAGCUGGAAGAGUCCACGUGGCCGAAAGCCGAAGUUUUGGUCUGAGGUGGUUAAAAAGGACAUGAGGACAGUCGGCGUGGAUAGGCAGUUCAAACGAGAUGAAAACGAAGAUCGAGAAGGUUGGCCAGAGCUAUGUUCAAAGACGGCACACCUCGGCGAAUAUGAGGAUAAUUGCGUCAGACGGUGA